AGGUUUACUUUUUAUCAAUAACCUUCAUCCCUUUUUCUCUCCAAAUACCACUCCUAUACAUUCUCCAUUACCAUGGCCCACAAUAAUAUUGGCGUCAACGAUUUUGACCCCUCGGAUGUGAUUCUUUACGUCUUUUGCUUUAUCCUUCCUCCAUUUUCCGUGCUUAUCCGCAAGGGCUGGAAAUCGGGCGAGUUUUGGGCGUCGAUCUUGCUCACCGCCUUCUUCCACCUUCCAGGGUUACUCUACAGUAUGUACAUCGUGUACAUCACGUCUCCAGUGACUGGUGACGACGCCGGUAGAGGCCAAUACGCCGAUAUUGAACAGGGUGCCGGCUACGCCGAUGUCGCCCCAGCACAUGUGUCUAACCCGCCACUUUUCUCGCCAGCCCCACAGCAGGGUUCCAACCCGGCCUCGUCUUUGAACCACUACGAUGAAGGUACGUCCAGGAGUGACAUUCCGCCGGCAUACGCUUCUGAUGGUGUGGCCCAUGACGACCAUAAGGGUGAUAAUAAGAUUCAACGUUAAGUGUCUGUGCGGAUGAAAUUGGGGGCGCUUCACCGGUAUAAUCACCUUUUUUUUUUUACAAUUAAUAAAUAUCGCCCUCAAUUAACAAUAAUACUAUUAAUAAUAUUACUAGUGAUACGAUCAUUAACUUUUCUGAUUUUAUUUCAAUCACUACCGAUAUUCGUUAGACGAGAAUAAAUGCAACAGGG